UAUUUAAGUACCCAUCUCCUCUUCUUCCUCUGCCAAAUCCUUUCAUGAAUACAAUUUAACAUUCUCCUAAUCUUAUUUGGCUAGCUAAUCCCAUGAAUCCUCCUAUAUCACAAACUACUCCUUCACCGUAUGUAACUGCUUGUAGUUCCAGCGUUAGCAGCUGUAGUAGCGCCACCUCCUCCACUGAGAUUAGUGAUGAUAGCCCACCAACAUCCUUCCGUUUUCAGCUCCAACAUGUGGAUCAUCAUUAUCCAACCAAAUCUUACUCGUAUCGAUUGCUGGCAGUACUCUCUGAGCAUGUAGGACCAGUUUCUUGCUUGGCUUUGUGUGGUGAAUUCGUCUUGAGCGCUUCACAAGGGAAGGAUAUUAUAGUUUGGCAACAGCCUGAUUUGAGGCUCUUCACAAAGUUCGGACAAGGGGAUGGAUCUGUAAAGGCAUUAGUAACAGUUGGGAAUAGGGUCUUUACUGCCCAUCAAGAUAGUAGGAUUAGAGCAUGGAAGGUGUCCAGAAGCUCAGAGAAUGUGUUUAGGCUCCUUGACACACUCCCUACUGCAAAGGACUAUUUAGGGAAGUUCAUGAAGCAGAGUAAUUACGUGCAAACUAGGAGGCACCAUAAGAAAUUAUGGAUUGAGCAUGCAGAUAGUAUAUCUUGUUUAAUACUUCAUAGUGGUUUUAUUUAUUCUGGUUCUUGGGAUACGACUCUUAAGGUAUGGAGGAUAUCAGAUUUGAAGUGCCUAGAGUCAAUUAAGGCUCAUGAUGAUGCUAUAAAUGGCUUGGUGGCUAGUAAAGGGAUAGUGUAUUCAGCCUCAGCAGAUGGGAAAAUAAAGGCUUGGGGAAAAGAAGGAAAGAGCCCUCAUUUUUUGAAGGGGACUUUGGAGGGUCAUAAGGAUGCUUCUCUUAAUACAGUGGUAGUUUCAGAAGAUGGGAGAUGGGUGUAUGGAGGGGGCUCAGAUGGGUUUUUGAUGGGAUGGGAAGGGAGUGGAGAUUUUGCUAGUUGGAAGUUGGUGUCAGAGACAAAGGCACAUCAAAUGGCAGUUCUGUGUAUGUGUUUAAUGGGGGAGUUUUUGUGCAGUGGAUCAGCUGAUAAGAGCAUUAGUAUAUGGAAGAGAGAGGCUUAUGGUAAACUUUGUAAAUCAGUGGUCAUAAGUGGCCAUGAAGGGCCAGUCAAGUGUUUGCAAGCAUCGCCUAAUUGUGUUGGUGGCGGGUUCUUGCUCUAUAGUGGUGGCCUUGACAAGAGUGUGAGGGUAUGGUGGGUGCCCAAGCAUUUCAACCAGAUACAGGACACCUCUGCAAUACAGAGUACAGCGGAACAAUCCAUCACCUUGUGUUAGUAAGACUUUCAAGGCUUAGAGAUGAGGCACUAAUUCCUUUUUCAAUUUGUUCUUUUAGUCAGAUUGUGUCAUAAUUUUUUAUUGAAGAGCAUAGGCAAAACAGCAAAACAGCAUAAUUUUUUUUUCCCUUGCUUUUGUUUUCACAUUUCUGGUAAGUGCAAUUGCUGUUUUAGUGAAACAAUGUGUUAUUUUAGCAUUUAUUAGGUGAGCUUUAGGACCAGAACAUGGCGUUGGCAUUUGCUUCACCUGAAAUUGCUGCCCCACUAAUAGAGGAAAAGAACAAUAAUCAGAUGUACUCAAGUUCCCUUAAAAUCUUGACCGACCAGAAAGAACAAGAAAAGGACAAUGGAAUAAGGAUCCUUAAUCACAUAUCAAUCUCGAUUUUGAUAUGCAAAUUGUCUAACAGUCUGGCUGUCCAAACUUUUGCAGGUUCUUAUUCUCCACUCUAACAAAUGGAAUCCAAGGGGGUUGCAAAAUGCCCAUUUAAGAUUUUAUUACUUACAUAUUUAUAUACUCUGAGAAUUGAAACCAAAGCAAUUAUUUUUAUAUUCACAAUAUUCCAAAUAAAAAUAUUCUCCAAGAAAUGGUGUGACAAUUCUACAUUUCCUGACCCCUUAAAUUAUUUUUAUUAAAUAAAAAUAAACAACAAUCUAGCUAUUCUUAGAUGGGAAUCGUGUGUCAAGUCUCAAUCUAGCUAUCAAUGGAUUGGACACACACA